GACGCAAAACCUGUGCAACGACCAGUAGGUCCCUUGCACAUCACAUCUCAUAAACAACUCUCGCCUUUUUCAAUACUCUCCUUUCUUCAAUAGCUUUAUCAUGUUGUUUCUUCACACGCUAGCCGUCGUGUAUCUGCUGUCACUCGCCGCUCCGGUCCGGAGCUUGGUGUCACCGCGACCGAUUGGUUCAUUCCGUUCAAUAAGUACCACUACUGGUACUGCAACAACAACACAGCUUUACAGUUCAAUUGCGAUCCGAAUCGAAGACGAAUCAGCACACAAGUACAUGAUGGCGCGUGCUAAGGAGUGUGCCUUUUCCGAAGCCACGACAGCCUCCGAAGCCCAACGAUAUUUGCACGAGAUCCUCCACAUUCAGAGUGGAUGCGUCAGUGGCGUGCUCGCCUCGCAUGAUCUCUGCGACAACAUCAUGGAGACGGCUGAAAUUGUCGCACAUCUGCGUGAAAAGGUCCGAGACAAUGCCGGCAUGAGUGUUUCUGCGGUAGCUAGCUCCUUGGUCCCUCUGUCUCUAGUCAUUCUGGCUGCCAGCGUCUACGCUUUUGCGUUGCAUGCUGGAACAAAUACGCAACCCUUCACGUUGCAGGAGUGGGCCUGGGCUGCCCGUGACGGAUACCUUCCGACCAUGAUUGCACACUUUAUCACGGACGGGGGUUUGGCAUCGGCAGAUUUACAUCCGCACGACGUCGUACCCUUGACGCCACAGGAAUGGAUGUGGGCUCUCCAGGGUGGCUAUUUGAAUUCCAUGCUUGCCGAAGUCUACCACUAUGGUGGUCUCGCUGUCGACUCGGCGGACACGAUUGACGCCGGAAGCCCAUUCGUUGCGGAAGAGUGGGCCAUGGCCGUCAAGGGCGGUUAUCUUCCGACCAUGCUGUCGCAUAUGUAUACGAAUGGAGGGCUAUAAGAAGCUAUCUUGGCCAGUUUUUUAUUAUGGACCGCAAUCCACCAUGUAUUUCUCGAGGACUACCGAAACCACUGUUGCUCGGUUCUUUUCUUUUGAAGUGUCUAUCCCUCUCGCUACCAUUUUAAACCAAUAGACAAUGCAUAGUAGCACAAAUGGUGUAUACGAAGGAACUGAGUUUGAGUUCGACGCUGAAUGGGAUUCCAAAUAAUUACGUGGUAUCGUUUCCACACAGCUGGUUUGUGAUUUGAUAUCCACGUGUAGGUACAUUUCUGGUCAACACGAUAUCCGGACUAUAUUGAAUUAGUUCGUUGACCAUUGUCCCGCAUCCACGGAGACAAUCAAUUUGCAUGUUGGUCAACCAAGCACACAAGGGGACUAGAAGUACAGCU